AUGAGUAGGGAUAGGCGGCACGAUAGAUUCGCCGAACGACGACGACGUCAUCCACGCGUGCAUAAGCGCACCAUCAUCGAGCUACAUCUAGAAGUGCUCAACGAAUGUGAAGCGACAGAUUGGGAAAACGUCAAAGACGACUAUUUGCAGAUUGUCGUGCAGCAGUUUGCGCAGGAUUUGAUGCGGGACGAUGACAGGAAUAACAAUAUCUUGGGUGUCUCUACCUCAAACCAUGGUUUAUCAGGGAGCAAUGCUUCCUCCACCCUGGAUCCACCCAUUGACUCAGCACCAUAUCCAUGUCCAGUUGAUGAAGAUGGUCCAUGGAGUUGUAUGGAAUCCAUACAGUUAGAAACGGACCCUUGUCCACCGAAUGACGCGGACCCCGAUCCAUGGAGUUGUAUGGAAACUAUACAGUUAGCAACGGACCCUUGUGCACCUAAUGACUGCGAUCCAUGGAGUUGUAUGGAAACCAUACAGUUCGAUGCACACCACAGUCGUGCUCAUUCCCACCCUGGGGACGCGACGUCGGAGUGCACACAAUGGAUUAACUGGAUUGACCGCAGCAAACAUAUUCUGCGGGAGUGCACGACGCAGCCGUGGUUUUUGCAAUUAAAAGCGGAUUGGAAACAAUACCUGCGUCAGCACAUGGCGGCAAACGAAGACAACGUAGUAUCCGGGCAGCGUGAGUUCG